CCACCACCACCACCACACCACCACACCAACUCCCCUCUCCCCUCCCGGGCCCUAAAUCAUCAAUCCAGACAGAACCCACCACACAAAAUGUCCCACCCCCAUCCCUCCUUAGACAUCUACCUCACCCUCCCAACCCCCGAACUCAAACUCGUCUUCAACUCCCCGACCCACGCACACGCCUACCAGACCCUCAACCGCGAAUCGCGGAUCUUCGCCUCCGAGCCCACAACCAUCUACCUCCCCCUCAGCCCCAGCAUGACCUACAUCCGCGAAAGCAACGGCGGCGGACUGCUACUCGGCUUCUCCACCCCCGGCGACGCGCACGCGUGGUGUCGUCGCUCGAUCCUGGGACACAUGCACGCGCCGGAGCCGUGCAGCGAGGUGCAGAUUCGGCGGUUGUGGACGGGUGAGGACCUCGAGGAGGUGUUGCAGGUUCCGGCGUUGGAGAGGAUGGGAAAUGUCCAUCAUCGCCAUCGGCAUAGUGUUCCUGUUUCUGUUUCUGGACCGUUGGGGUUGCCGUUACCGCUCAGGGCUGCGCAUUCGCAGUCGCCUCCCUCGACGGGGACGGGGCAUCUUUCCCCGUCAACUACUAGUAGUACUACUAGUAGUCCGGGACAGCCUACCCCUGCCGGUACACCGACAGCCUCGGGCCAUAACAGCCCACAGACACAGACACAAUCCCAAUCUCACCCCCGCUCCCGACCCACAAGUGCGCAAUACAGUUUACCCUCCUGGGCACACCUCUCGCCGGAACCGCUGCACCUGAACACGAAUAUUAAUGUCAAUGUGUCUCCGCCGACAGCGCCCGUUCCGACCUCCGGUGGCAGUGGCAGUGGCAGUCAGAAUCCGACAUCGACAUCAACAUCAACAUCGACAUCGACAUCAACAUCAUACACAGCUGUGACUAGAAAGCCAACGAAUGGAAGUCCGGAUGACUCCACAACAGGGCAGGGGCAGGCAUAUUCUGCCCUGUCGGUGCCGGCGCUGGGACAUGUUUACGGGCAUGGACAUGUAGCUGCGGAGGACAGAGAUCGGGACAGGAGACGGAGUCGGUCGAUGGAUCCCGCGACGAGGGAGUUGGGGAUUCCGGGGUUGGAGGACGAAUAAGUCAGGACGAGACUUGGGGUUUCUUGAUGGGUGUUAGGUCGGGAGAUUGGGGUUAUACACUCACUAGACGGUUGAGGAUUUAUGUAUGGGCUUGGUUGGAGUUUGAGGCCCCCACUGCGUGGUGUCGAGUAAUACGUUCGCCCCCUUCGAAAUUCUUAAAUAAUACACAGGAAUCGCAUCAGCUGUGUUGCCUGUUGCCCUUCUUUCUGGCUUUAAAAUCUCCGUUGUUCCCACUAUCUGAGCAGAAGUCGUGUUGCGAGUCACAUGUGCAGA